CAAAGAAAAAAAACAAUUUCUAUUGCAAAUAACAUUACUUUUACAGUGUGUUACUUUAACACAUAAAUAUAAAACAAUUUAAAAUAUAAAAAGCUUAUUCGAAGCCCCCAUGGAGACCCCAUUAGCUGCAAUACAGCCCUUUUAACGUUGAGGCCAGUCAUUAAUAGAAGCACGCACUCUUUCCAUGGGAAAAUUCUUCACUGUCAAUCGUACAGAUUAUGUUAGGGACUCCGAAUUAUCGAUUUUACCACCCAAUUAUUUUUUAAAUUAUCAGUUAAGAAAUCACCAGUACGUCUCUUAUAGGCUGCAAGUCCUAGGUCAAUUUUAAAAAUACGCGACAUGGUUCACGGUGCUACUUUCAUCUCCCGAGAUAGAAUCUUUUGCUUUCAGGCAGGAUUUCUUCGAAUUCUUUCCCUUACUGCUUUGACCACCUUUUUCGUACGAAUACUACGUGGACAGCCAGAUCUUUUUCUAUCACAGUUGGUCUCAUUCUAGGGACCUAUUAAUAGCCCGGUAAUCAAACAUUGUACUAAUGCCAAGAGAAUUUUAAAAAUUGCAUUUGGCUCCAUACCUACUUUGUGCAAUACAAUCACAGCGAUUCGGUUCUCUUUAUCACCCAAUGAUAUUAUAUACAAUAAAGAGGUAGAUAUCGCACUAGCGAGCGCAAAUUGUUGCAGACAAAUUCAGACAAUUGUCGUAAUUUCAUUUAGUCGGCUAAUAGCAGCGAGGUAAUCGGAACGUAUUCGUGGCGUGACAAUAAUAAUCUAAAAUGCCAACCUGUGUCUUAAGAAAAUGUAAAAACUAUGUUUCCAAGAUAUAUAAGAGUGAAGGUAUUUCAUACCAUACGAAAGUAUAUAAAAGAACGUCGUAUUUGUAUUUUAUCACGAUUUUAUUUCUUAUUUACAAAUAAAUCUCGAAUUAUUAACGUGGUGGUACGAGCAAGAUAGAGAUUAUGAUGUCAACUGCAGCGCGAUGAGGACAAAUAGUAUGUGUCAUAGAUUAAUCAACCAGAAGUGAAAUCGUAGGCAGAAUACAUAGCAUUCGUAACCGCUUGAUUGCGGAACUUGAGUUUUCUUGUUAGUUAGUGAGCGUCUUUCUUAAAUAAUAUUAUGAUGAUUAUAAUAAGUUCUGGCUUUCAAAGUCUUAUAAUAAAGGUGGUAUAGAAUGAGAUUAGUAAUAGCAGGCUAUUUGAUAUUUUAUUAGUACUUAAUCUUGGAGUGUAUGUAACGUACCAGGAGGUCUACUCGCAAAAUCGACAACGACACAUAUUUGAACGAUACGAUAAUACUCCGAAUAUAUCGCAACUACCUUGUCUGCUGCGGGAUGAUCGAGGUAGUAUAUUUUAGGACAAUUUAGGAAAUGAUGUAAAAAAGGCGUUGUUGAUUCACUGCAACGAAUACGUAAUAAUACGAAAUUUAAUAUUUUUUAAUAAACAAGUGCGUAUAGCUGAACUAUCAAACUACAAAAACAAGUUUUAGGGUAGGUAGCGGACGUAGACAGUAAAUGCUAUCUGCUUGCGUAGGAGUUUUUUCAGUAACACUGCCCUUUCGGUAUAUCCCCUGCUAACUGCAGAAGAAUCAAUGGAUCAUUUUCUGUUUCUCCCAUUAUCUUAUUGUAAUAAACCCUCAAUAAAAAUACAUUCAUAAAUAAUAUAAUAUACAAGAAAUAAUAAUUGUAAACUUUAAACUUUUUGGGGGCCGUCGUUAGUAAAAUUGUAAAAAUGGAACCCUUAUUGUUAGUACAUUUCGGUUUUGUUUUGAUAUGUCCAUAUGUUUUUUAUUAUUUUAUGUACAAAUAAUUUAAAUCAUCAAUAUGGCUAUAUAUUAUAAUCAAUAUGAAAUUAUUUUUUUUAAAAUCGAUAACACCUAAUUUACCUAAUUUAAAUGUAGUUUUAUUACAUGAACUCAUGAAUGAAUCGUAUUUUAUGCAUAAAUCACGGUGUACGGAAAAAAAUCAUAUCUGGUGAAUGAUUCUGUGUUUUUGCUAUGCAAAUACGAAGCAAUUAGCAAAUUAAACUUAUCUCUUUUUCACUUGCGAUAAUUGCAUGUACUAUCCUUCUUCAACAUGUAAUCGUAGUGUAGUGUGCUAUUGCAAUGUUAAAUUAUUCAUGUGUGCGUUUGUGUAUCAAUUACAAACACCGAAUGUUGUCUAGGUAACCUAUCUAUACUUUUAAAUAUCAUUGUUAUCACCCCACUUUAUUUUUAUAUCGCAAUAUAUUGAACCAUGUAUUGGCGCCAAAAUGAGAAAACUCAAUGAACAAUCUUAUUAAAAUGACAGAUUCCAAAUUCAAAUGUAAUAUUUUGUUUAUUUAUUAUUGUAUCAGUAUUUAUGGCCAGACUAAGUAUGCAACACAAAAAUAAUAAACAAGUCCUAAUAAAUCUAAAACGCAUCUAAAAUUGUUUGUAGUUAUAUGUUUAAGCAUAAUCUUAUUAGUAUACAAGUAUCUUGUAACUAAUUAUAGUGAAUCAGUUGUGUUUGCAAAUGAUCGAUCAUGAAGAGUAUCUGUGUGUGUAUCUAAAUGUGUGGCGUUCUUCUUGAAAACUCUGUGUCCCAGGAUGUGCUCCUCGCUUGGGUCCGGAGGUGCCGGCUCUACCAUCGCUGCGGCGCUGCAGUUCUUCGCUGCUUCCCAGUGCUUGCUGCAGGAGAACUGGCCAACGCAAGCUGAUAUACAAAACGGCACCAGCUUUGACUUCAUCGUGGUGGGCGGAGGGAGUGCGGGCGCAGCACUGGCGGCCAGACUGUCGGAGCUGCAGGAGUACUCCGUGCUGCUUUUAGAGGCCGGAGGUGAUCCACCCGCCGAGAGCAUUAUUCCAGGUUUCCGAGAGUCAAUGUUACUCAGUCCGGUUGAUUGGAACUUUACCACCACUGAUGAUCACUAUUCCAGUCAAUCGUUGCAAUAUGGAUCUCAGCGUCAGCCCAGAGGAAAGAUGCUCGGAGGAAGUGGAUCUAUUAAUGACAUGAUAUACUCUAGGGGAAACCCCGUAGACUACGACGAAUGGGCAGAAAUCGUCGGUUACGAAUGGCGAUGGUCCAAUGUUCUGGAAUACUUCAAGAAAACAGAGUAUUUUACAGAUGAAAGAAUAUUAAAUGAUAUUUCUCUAGCACAGCUCCAUGGCUUCGAUGGUGAAAUAGAAGUGAGUGGCUCGUACGAAACAACUCGAACUACUGAACAACUUCUUGAAGCAUUUAAAGAAUUGGGGUUUAAACUAAUUAAAGACAUGACCAAUCCUCAUAGUAUUGGUGCGGGAAGAUUUUCUCACACAAUUACUAAAGGAAAACGAGAUAGUUCUGCAACUGGUUUACUCAAUAAAGCGACUAACAGAGACAAUUUAUUGGUUUUAAAAAGUGCCUUUGCUACUAAAAUACUAAUAGAGCAUCAGAAAGCUUAUGGAGUGGAGGUCUUAAUAGAUAAUGAAGUAAAUUAUUUUUAUGGAAAAAAAGAAAUUAUUAUCUCUGCAGGGACUUUUAAUACACCAAAACUUCUACUUUUGUCAGGUAUAGGUCCUAAGACACACUUAGAAAAUAUGAAUAUAAAGCACAUUGUUGAUUUGCCUGUAGGCGAGAAUUUGCAUGACCAUAUAAUGGUUCUUACAUUCUUAGCAGCAGAUUUAGGAACUUGUACACUGAGCGAAGGAGCUGAGUAUAUGGAAAUGAUUAAAUACUUGUACAAUCAAAGUGGCUUGUACGCUAUGGGAAGUGAUCUCGCAGCAUACAUGUCGUACAAUAACUUGACCAGUAACAUCCCAGAUUUUGCCUUGUAUCCAACUUGUAUGGGUAAAGGCAGUAAUUUCUACCACGGUUGCGUAAAUAUUCUUGGCUUCAAGCCUUAUAUUUGCGAAAAAAUUUCGAAUGAAAAUAAAGAAAGGGAAAUUUUUACUUUUGCUGUUGUAAACUUGAAACCAAAAUCACGAGGGAGAGUUCUUUUAAAAUCCAAAGAUGCUGAGGAAGCUCCAAAUAUUUUUUCUGGUACUUUCAGUAAUGAAGAUGACCUAAUUCACUAUCCGGAAGCCAUGCGGAUGGCGCAUGCAGUUGCUAACACAUCCUACUUCAAAACUAAGAAUGCUUACGUGAUAGAUCUGGAUAUAGAAGAAUGUCGAGGGAUGUUCGGUGAUGAGGCCCUUCGAUGCACAGCACGGUCCAUGGCUACGUCAGCCUGGCAUGCUGUGGGGACGGCUGCGAUGGGAACAGUGCUCGAUUCCAAACUGAGGGUUAAAGGAAUAAGAGGUUUGAGAGUAGCUGAUGCUAGUGUAAUGCCCAAGGUCAUCCGUGGCAAUACGAAUGCACCUGUUGUUAUGAUAGCGGAAAUGGCGGCUAAUUUUAUUAAGGAUUGCCUGGCAAUCUUAUGAUUUUAGUUCCAUAAUAAAUUACGAAGGUCGAUGAAUUUCGAAUAUUUUUAUUAGUUUGGUUUUGUGUAAAAUAUAAAUAAAUCGUUUUGAAAUAUU